UUAUAAUGACGUAACGAUGUAUCCAAAGACGGUACUGAUUUUACCACAUCAACAUCUGCCUAACAGAAACGUCAAAUUCAACCUCAAAUGCAAGUUGACGGCCUUGUCACGAAGAGAAGGUCGUUUUAUUUUUAUAAGGCCGUUUUAUAUACUUAGAAGAUUCAAAAUUAAAUUAACAAUGAGUUCGUUUUCAAAGAGAUGUUUUGACUCAUUAAAGUCAAAAGAAUUCCGGAAUUAUUUAAUGAGUACACAUUUUUGGGGCCCUGUAGCGAAUUGGGGUAUUCCAAUAGCAGCAAUUGGUGAUUUCAGAAAGGAUCCUAAUUUUAUUAGCCCUUCUAUGACUGUUGCACUUUGCUUAUAUUCAGCAAUUUUUAUGAGAUUUGCAUGGAAGGUACAGCCCCGAAAUAUGUUAUUAUUUGCUUGCCAUUUUACAAAUGAAGGAGCUCAAUUAGUUCAACUGACUAGAUUAAUUAAACAUAAUCUUAGUGAUUCAUCUGUGAAGAAGACUUCACAUGAACAAGUAGAAAAGAAAUAGAAAAUAUAUGCAUGCCUCAACAAGCUUACAUUACUGCUCAUAUAAUGUUGUCAAUAUUUGCAAGGGAGUUUUUGUGGUACUUAAUGUAUUAAAACUAAAGCUCAAUAGUUUGGUUAUUUGUAAUCAAAUGCCCUGUAUAUUGUGUAUGUUGGCUUUCUCAAACAUAAGCAGAUUAAAACUAUUUCAUAUUUUUAUACAAUAUUAUGAUGUUUUAUUAUUUUUGAGGUUUUAAUCUGUACUUCCAAAAAAAGGCCCAUACAUAAGAAUAUUCUGGGCAUUUUUCCAUGCACGAUUUUAUUUGACCAUAAAACUGUCAAAGAACUGAAAAUUCUACAUAUUUUUAAAAUGAUAAGUUACUAUACAGAUAUUGUAAGCUUGUUUUGAUAUGCCUUAUAGACUUAGAAAAAAAUUAUAGUUGUUUAUAAAUCAAUUAUUGUGAUCUGACCAAAAGCCAAAGUGUACAAAAUUUUAUGGUUGUUUACAAAAGUACUAAGUAGGUUUUUAAAAGUUUAACAUUGUACUGAUAUAAAUAUAUGUAAUUUUAUAUCAAGAGAAAAUAUCAAUGUAAAUAGAUUAAGGUGGUAUACUGCCAGCUCAUAAACUGAUUUAUCUAUUUUGUUCCUAUUUUAUAAUAGGUGUACACUUUUUUAUAAUGUUAUUGUUUAAUAAAAUUUAUUUUAGUAUUUUUUAAAUAUUCAUUUAAUAUUAAUCGAUACAUAUUUUCCUACUUUUACGAUUACUGAAAAUUGCUCUUGCCAAGGGUUAAUAAGUUUUAAUUAAUCUUUACGUAUGAAUAAAAUUUGUUAUAAACUUUACAAAUUUUAACUUUAUUGAACAUUGUUGACUUAAUGAAAUAUUAAAGAGCUGUAAAGACCUAUUUCAAUUUUUAAGAUUUUGUAGUGCUAUUAAUUUUCAUUACUACAAAAAUAAUCACUAAACAUAUCAAAUUAUGCAGGUUUAUACAAUUAGAAUAAAUACAGGGUAAUUUUUUAAAAAGGGCACUCCCUAAAUCAAAAUAUAGAACUGUAAUAAAAAUAUCCAAAACAUCAAAUUUUAUUGAGAAGAUGGCAUCUAUUAAAUCCUCAAUUGUCAUACAUCAUAUCCCUCCUCUCAGUGAGUAACCAAUAGGGAAAGUACCAACUAUCAAACAUUAUAGAAAAAGUAAUUUUAUAGGGAAAUUAACAAUAUGAGUGUUCAUUGCGAUACUUUUGAUUUUAGUACUCUCUAGCAGGAUAUAAAAAUGUUACAUAUUAUAAAGUAUGGCCCUCAUUUAAAAAAUAAUUUUAUUAGUUAUUUAAUUUUUAGCAUAAAUUUAUUUUGGUUGAUUGUGAUUAAUUAAUUUCCUAUUUAUGUAUCCCUCUCAAUAAAAAUUAACGCUUUGGUUUUUUAUGAUAGCUAUACUUUGAGAUAUUCAGAGCGAGCCAUUUUAAAAAAAAUCGCCCUGUAGGUAUAUUGAUUAUAUGUCAAUAUUAAAAAAAAUCUAAUUCACAAAGCAUUUUUAAAGUUAUCCACAUGUAAAAUCUUAUAGACCGAAACGUAUUAUAAUGAAUGCCUAAUAGAUAUUUCAGGAACUGUUAUUUAAUUAUGUUGACAUUCUUUACAUGUUUUCCAGAACAAUAUUAACGAAUAUUCAAUUUGUUAUUGAUUAGGGGACACAUAACCUCUUAAAUUUGAAUUUUACUAAUUAUAGUAACAAUCCAAAGUUAUUUAAAAAUCACGCCAUCAUCCAACUAUACUUUUUUCUCUCAAUCGAUGGUAUUUAUAUUUAAGGAUUGGCAUAUAGUUAACUAUUUAGAAAUGCUUUGUGAAUACCGAUGUUAAUGUUUAGUUUAACAUUGAAAAAUAGAAAUAUAUAUAGAAAAUGUUAUUCAGAA